AUGUCUGCGAAAAGCGUAAAGGGCGAGGGAGGCAAGAAGCCGGCCAGCGCUGUCACCAACUUGGUUGCUGGCGGUGGUGCUGGCAUGAUGGAAGCCCUUGUCUGUCAUCCUCUGGAUACGAUUAAAGUCAGAAUGCAGCUGUCGCGGAGGAAAACGGCACCCGGACAGAAGAAACGAGGCUUCCUGGCGACUGGAAAGGAUAUUGUCAAAAAGGAAACUGCCUUCGGUCUGUACAAGGGCCUGGGUGCCGUCUUGACGGGCAUUGUCCCCAAAAUGGCCAUCCGGUUUACCUCUUACGAGUGGUACAAACAGCUCCUGGCAAACAGCGACGGUGAGGUAACCUCGACAAGAACGUUUUUCGCUGGUCUCGGCGCCGGUGUAACAGAAGCGGUGGCUGUGGUCACGCCCAUGGAGGUUGUCAAGAUUCGAAUGCAGGCUCAGUACCACAGUCUUUCCGAUCCGCUCGAUGUACCGAAGUAUCGAAGUGCGCCGCACGCUCUCCUGACUGUGCUCAAGGAAGAAGGCAUUGGUGCCAUCUACCGCGGCGUGUCACUGACCGCUCUACGGCAGGGCACCAAUCAGGCAGUAAACUUCACUGCCUAUACAGAGUUCAAGGAAAUACUGCAAAGAUUGCAGCCCGAAUACCAGAACCAAAACCUACCGUCCUACCAAACUACCAUCAUCGGAUUGGUAUCAGGAGCGAUGGGACCAUUCUCCAAUGCGCCCAUCGACACGAUCAAGACGCGUCUGCAGAAGACGCCUGCGGAACCCGGCCAGACUUCGAUUGGUAGAAUCACCAUGAUUGCCAAAGACAUGUUCCGACAAGAAGGCGCAAGAGCCUUCUACAAGGGAAUCACCCCGCGAGUGGCAAGAGUUGCGCCUGGUCAGGCUGUGACCUUCACCGUGUACGAAUACCUCAAAGGGAAGAUCGAAAAUUCCAGCAUGGCAUUCAUUGGUGGCAAGUAUGAGGAAUAA